UGUCGUCACUUCCGUAAAGCCUUCAUCAAACAGAAUAGUCAGAAUUAUUUACGACGAGUCCGACCGGCGGCGCAGCCAAAACAAGACUUCACCUGAAGAUGUCACCGUAAUAUCCUUUAACAGGAGCAGUGCGUUGUUUCCCUUCGGGCGGCAUUUCCUCCGGACUGAAGAAAGACACGUCAGUCUCUCCUCUGAAGCCGCGCAUGAACUGGGAUGCACCGUCGUUAGCCUGGCAUUAGCUCCGCGUUAGCUUCCCCGGAGAGCUCCGUUUUUUUACGACGGGACCGAGCACCCAACAUUGCGCAUUAUGACAGACAGCAUCAUGAGCAAAGCUGCCACAAUGGAGAUUCCCAUCAACAGCAACGGCGACACAGGGACGCUACCAGAGGACGACAGCCUUGAACAGGCUGCAAAGCUGCAGUGGAGCUUAGAUGAGAAGGUAGGGAGCUCCAGAGGCACCAGGGACCUUCAGCAGGUGAUGGUGUCAGGUCCCAACCUGAACGAGACCAGCAUCGUGUCUGGGGGCUAUGGAGGAACAGCAGAGGGAAUUAUCCCCACCAGCUCAAUCAAAGGCCCUGCCGUGCGCUACAAUGCCGAGUUUAACAAAAGGAUCCCAGUUGCAUCUUUAGGUUCCAACAUGCACCACAGCAGCAGCAGCUCGUCGAUGACGGCGGAAGAAACGACCCGUGGCGUGGCCGUGGAAAAGCUAGAAACAGUGAGGAAGUGGGGUCUCAACACUUACAAGUGUACGAAGCAAAUGAUCUCGGAGCGCUUCGGCCGUGGCUCCCGGACCGUGGACCUGGAGCUGGAGGCUCAGAUUGAAGUUUUGAGGGACACCAAGAGGAAAUACGAGAACGUGCUGCGAUUGGCCAGAGCGCUGACCAACCAUUUCUACAACAUGGUGCAGACGCAGCAUGCGCUGGGCGACACCUUCGCUGACCUCAGUCAGAAAUCUCCAGAGCUGAGGGACGAGUUCGGCUACAAUGCAGAGACUCAGAAGCUGCUGUGUAAGAACGGGGAGACUUUACUCGGUGCCAUUAACUUCUUUGUGUCCAGCAUCAACACAUUAGUCAACAAGACAAUGGAAGACACUCUGAUGACGAUCAAGCUGUAUGAAAAUGCAAGACUGGAGUUUGAUGCCUACCGAACAGACCUUGAAGAACUGAGUAUGGGGCCCAAGGAUGCUGUAACCAUGGCCCGUAUAGAUGCUGCUCAGCAACAAUACCAAGUCCAAAAGGACAAGUAUGAACGUCUUCGCUCAGACGUGACCAUUAAACUCAAGUUUCUAGAGGAGAAUAAGGUUAAGGUGAUGCACAAGCAGCUCCUCCUCUUCCAUAACGCCAUCUCGGCGUACUUCGCUGGCAACCAGCAGCAGCUGGAGCAAACGCUGAAGCAGUUUAACAUAAAGUUGAGGCCCCCAGGGGCCGACAAGCCCUCCUGGUUAGAGGAGCAAUGAGAGGCCCUGCUCAGCCUGCAGCCUGCAGCCUGCUUCUCCACCACCUCCACCUGUUACCUGUCGAAAAACCCCAAACUCUACAGAGGACCACUACAGAGGAAAACCCGUGCAGAUACUUCGGUGGAUGAAGAGAGGAGUGUGUGUGGCUGGAUGACUGGACAGACGAGGGAGGAUGGGACUGACGAAUUGCAGGGUUUAAUUGAUGAGUAGGUUAAAUGAAGAAGGAAACAAAGUGGUCAGUUUCAGUCAGGGGGCUUUUAGUGCCUCUCUUCCAAACUUCUUUCUCCCACCUUAGCCUCUGUUUGUGCUUUGUUCCCAGAGAAACGUAUCACCUCUCCCCUCCCCUCUCUUCUUCUCGUCUCCACUCCCCCUCCCAUCUCCGACACUAUUUUGCUGCGUGAGCUCGUGUUAGUCAUGUCUGUGGCCAUUAUUGUACUCAUCAAGUGCUCCCAGUGCUCUGAGUUAAACUUCAACCCCACACGCCAUCAUUAAUAAUGAUGAAGAAGGAAAAAAAAAAUGGUAAAAACCAUUAAGACGCUAACAAAACACUACUCCAAAAACAUUCAGACCUUCUCAUUCUCCUAGUGUGCCUCCAUGUAUACGAGCCAGUGUAUUAAAUGUACAUAUGGCCUGCAGGAUGACAAAUAAAGAUUUCCACCUACAUGUAAAAAGGAUUUGUAUGCUACACUGGAACAGUUUCAAAUCAAUGUACUUUUCAAAUUAAGUACUGUUUCACUUUUGAGAUACACGUCACAUGAUCGUUUGUAGCCUGUGAUUAACGAAUACUGUGUUUAGUUUUUGAUUAACAUGUCAUCUCUUUGUUUUCUAAUUAGUUUACGUCUUUGACUCGGCUCUUCUGUUCUCGCUCCUGUGUUUCUGAUUUAAAGACAGCGUGCUGUUUGGGUAAUACAUUCUGGAGUUUUUGGACCGCGAGCGCCGCGGUGAUUUGUCCAUAAUCGUCAGAAAUGUCGCCGAUUUCACUUGAAAGUUCUUCGAAUUCCUCGAUUCACAUAUGCAACAAUCAUUUAAGGAACACUGCCACAACGUCCCAAAGUUUAACUGGUUUCGGGUCUUUACUAAUUUUAUCACCCAAAGAGGAACGAUGGAUGUUUAAAAGACUGUGUUUGCACGGCUUGUUUAAUGAUCCUUGGUCGGUUAAUCGUCAGUGUUGAAUGUACCUAUGUAAGAUGGGUAUAACAGUCACUUACAUUUCAGCAAAUGUGACUGGUUUCACCUGGUUGUUUAACUGAUAAUGGAAAACGAAAUCAUUACAUUUUUGUUUUUCACAUUUACACGUGACACUGAAAUGCGUUGUUGUCUUUUCAAAGUCGUCUCAUUGCCAUCGAUACUCGGCUCUCAGCGCUCCUAAAGCAGGAUAUAUUUGUCCAUGGUUACCUUUCUUCACACUGAAGAUUACCUACCUAAUAUGUUGAGGAGUGUGAUGACGCUGAUGAUUCAUCCAUGUUGUAGAAAGCAAUCAUGAAUCGUUGACCAUUAAAAGACAAAACAUUGGCACGGUAGUACAUAUGUUUUAUUUUUAACGCGUCACUGUAUUUAUCAUGGUCACAUGUUAACCUGUUGGAAGCGACACUGUAAAUUGAAUAUUAUUCAGUUUGUGGGUGUGACAUUGUGCAUCUUACUGGGACGAAGAUACGACUCAGGCCAGACAAAUUGACCAACUCGUGAAGAAUUGAUAAAAAUGUGCUCGGUAUCUGCAGUGAAGAUAAUGAAUGUUAAACGAUGCUGCAUUUAACUCCCGAGGGCCUCGAGCAGCAGAAAGCAGCGCUCUAUGAGGCCGCCCCAUCAGCUAAUGGGCGAGUCCUCCAGCUUCUCGUCUCCUUUGUAUUUGCAUGGCUGGCAGCGGUCCAAAGUAAAGGUUCAGAUACGUGUGCUUGCACUGAUGCUCUGCUUCUGUGCGCUAGCUCGCAUGGUCUGGCCUAACGCCGUGCUUACAGUCGUUGAUAUCACUUAUGAAACUGGCUGAAGCCGAAUCAGAAAGUCGGGUUUACUUUUUAUGCUGCACUUGUAAGGACGUGUAAUUAUUAUCAAUGAGAAUAUCACAAUUAAUACUAAUAUUCAUGAAUAUCUGUUUCCAGAAUUAUUUUUAUUUUAUUUUUUUUUAUGUGUGAUAAAUUGGUGUGUUAAUUUUGGCUGAUAAGUAACUUUGUACAAGCUCACUUGUGGAUGCUACGAAAUUAAUAAUAAUAUUCUCACUGGCCAGCUCCUGGUCUGUUUGACCAUCACAAAGCAAUAUCAAAGAAAUGUGACUCCUCUUUUCCGAAACCUGCCCCGUGAAAUUUCCUGACCCCAACACCAAAAUGAAUGGAAACAAGAUGUUUUUUUUGUUUUUUUGUAAUUUGUUUGUUCCAUAGUUGUGAAACCUUCGGUAAGUUAAAAGAAAGUGUGACGAGCAUUCAAAGUCACUCCUACUAGCAGUCUUUAGAUUGUUGCCAAGAGAGAAGCGAGAUUUAUAAAAUAUAUUUUAUCUGUGUACAAUCAAUGUUUUUCUAGGCUGAGUUUGUGUAUUGUACUGUAUGGAUGAUCGCACACAAGGUAUUUAUGAUGAUAAAUGAAGUUGUGUCAUGGAUUGAUGUGAUACUCUGCCUUCAUUCCUCACUCAGACCUGAAAAGUCCCUCUCCCCACCCCAAGGGAACAAAAUUAAAAGUACACAUUUUCAAAUGA